AUGGCUCAUCCCGACCGCUGGGUGCCUCUGAAAAUACUUGCCGCGCGGAAGGGCACCGACAAGAGAGGCACAUUUGUUGUACAGUACGAGACGCGGUUUGUGGGACGCACCGAGGCAGCCUGGGUUGCCGCCACCAAGGUGGGCAGAGUGUUGAUUGCCGAGUUUUGGGAGUCGUACAAGGCGCACAGUGGCCGCUCUCAGGAAGAUUGGCUAGAAGGCCGCAAGCUAUCGAAAAGUGCGGUUGAUUCUCCUUGGCUUGAGAAGAACUGCAAGUCGCUGGAAGACAAGGGAUCAGCCAGACCGAACCGCAAGAAGCGGACUGGCGGGAAGCACGAAGAGAACGAGGAUGAUCUUCAAGAGUGGUUCCCUGCCCUGACGCACCACUGA